AUGACAUCCCAUAAGGAAAAUGAAGCUUGGAAGGAAGCAGAUCUCGCAGAGGACCGUAGUUUUCGAUCAUCUCGAGCACAGGGCAGCCGGAGAAAGGCGCCAUUUUACAAAGUUCUGCAGGGAAUGCCCAUCGCCGUUGAUGCGUUCCGCUAUGGAACCAUACCAGGCGUCGCUGCCUACUUCUUAACUCAUGCUCAUUCUGAUCAUUAUACCAACCUCGCUUCAAAUUGGAAAAGCGGGCCGAUUUAUUGCUCAGGGGACACAGCUAAUUUGAUUAUAUAUAUAUUGUCGGUUGAUCCCAAGUGGGUUCACCCACUCCCGAUGGAUGUCCCUACAAUUGUUCCCAACUCCGGCGGGGUCACUGUCACACUUAUUGAAGCUAACCAUUGCCCGGGAUCGUGCCUAUUUUUAUUUGAGGGUCCACAGACUGUGCACGCGGGUGACAGUGCCUUCAAAUCGCCAUUUGUUGGUUCCGGGAAGACUUUCCGAUAUUUGCAUUGCGGAGACUUCAGAGCUUCGCCUCAGCAUGUAAUGCACCCUGCAGUGAGAGGAAAGCAAAUUGACCAUGUGUAUCUAGAUACGACCUACCUAGACUCGAAGUAUACCUUUCCACCACAGCCGCUGGUCAUCUCAGCCUGCGCAGAGUUGGCAAAAAGAAUCGUUUCUGGGGAGUGGAUAGGUGCUCCAGACACGAAUGGAAAACGCAACUCGACUAUGGACGCUUGGGUCAUUCCUUCAGAUAGGGCAGACGAUACCGUUAUGAAAACACUCAAAGAUAGGAUGUUGGUGGUUGUCGGUACCUACUCCAUUGGUAAAGAACGCAUUGUUAAGGCUAUCGCACAAGCUCUCAAGACCAAAAUUUACUGUGAUGCGCGCAAGGCUGCCAUCCUACGAUGUCAAAAUGACCCUGAGUUGCAUGCGCUAUUGACCAAGGACCCAAACGAAGCUGGCGUGCAUGUUGUUCCGUUGGGCAUGAUCGUUUCAGACAAGCUCGAGGCAUAUGUGCAACGGUUCAAAGGGACAUACUCUCGGGUGGUUGGUUUCAGGCCCACAGGAUGGACCGAUCCCAGUCCACCUAUCUCAUCCAUCAUAUCACGCGGGCAGUCACGGCCGCCCUUCACACAUACAGACCUGAAACCCAUGCAAAAGUCGACAUUCGCUGUGCAGAUGUACGGCGUGCCCUAUUCAGAGCACAGUUCGUUUUUUGAGCUUACGUGCUUUGCAAUGUCAUGUGAUUGGGUAAAGAUAAUUGCGACUGUGAAUGUCGGAAAUGAAAGACCCAGAGCGAAGAUGGCAAAAUGGGUGGAACGCUGGGAAGUUGACAAGAAGCGGAACAAGGAGGCCAUGGUAAAACCUAGAGCUGCUGAUUACUGGUGA